AAUAAUUAAUAUCAAAAAAAAUAUUACUUUAUCAAUUUGAUGAAAUAAUUUGUAAGUUUAUUAUCUAAAUAACAUUAUUAGAUGUCUUCUCAAACAGGAAAAAACCUCAUUGAAGAGCUUAUUGCAUAAAAUAAGCUUUCUAAGUAGGAUUUGAUCGAUUAUCUUUAGCAAGACUCUGCCAAUUAGUCAGAAAUAUAACCAAUUUUAUCAAAUAAACCAUAAAAUAAAUUUUUUAGCUCAAAUGAAUUGAGAGUUUAAGGAACUAAAAUGCUUAACUUAAUUGGUGAUAUUUAUGACAAUUUAGAUUAGAUACCAGUGUAUCCUAACAUAAAAUUAUAUGACUUAAAAUCACAAAUAUCUGAAGAGCCUCCUCAAGAAGGUUCAUCAUUUGAUGAAAUUUUAGAAGAAACUAAAAAUAAAUUUGUUCCUGCUAUUACUCACUGGCAACAUCCUAAAUUCUUUGCAUAUUUCCCAUCUUCAAUCAGUCACCCUACAAUCUUAGCCGAUAUGUUUGCUUCUACUUUCCAUUCUCCUGCUUUCACAUGGAAUGCAUCUCCAGCUCACACUGAAUUAGAAUACGUAGUUGUUGAUUGGAUUGCUAAAAUGCUUGAUCUUCCACCAUAAUAUUAGCUCAAAAAUUCAGGUGGUGGUGCUAUUUCAGUCAGCACUUCAGAUUCCUACCACCUAGCUGCUCACGCUGCUAAGCUAAGAAAGAUAAAUUAAAUGAAGUUAGAUCCUUUAAGUCCUGAAAUCCUUAAAUUUUCAAGCUAUGUCUUUGAACACACUUUCAAUACAGUAGAAAAGGCUCUUAGAAUAAAGGAUAUAAAUUAUAUAAGAAAUAUUCCAGUAUAUUUUGAUGAAUAAAAAAAGAAUUUCAUUCCAGAUAUGGCUAAGCUUGAAGCUUAAAUUGAAGAAGAUGUAAAGAAUGGCUUACAUCCAUUCUUCAUUUCAGCUACAUAUGGAACUACUCCAACAUGUGCUAAUGAUCCUUUCGAUUAAAUUAUAGCUCUUUCUAAAAAAUAUGGAAUGUGGUUGAAUUUAGAUUGUGCUUACGCUGGAACUACUUGGGUUUGUCCAGAAUAUCGUUCUUUGAGACCAGAUAAUCUACUUAAUGAGGUUGAUUCUUUAUAAAUUAACUUCGCAAAGCUUGGAAUGGUUGGAAAUGUUGGUACUCUUACUUAUGUCUAAGAUAAGAAGACUUUUACUUCUGCCUUUAAAAAGGAUUAAGGUUUUGAAAUUACUAAAAAUGCAUAUUCAGGAUCAGGAGAUGCAGUUGAUGCAAAAGAUUGGAUGAUUGGUUUUGGUCGUAGAUGGAAUGCUCUUAAAUUCUAUUAUAAUUUGAAAGCGUUUGGAGUUAAAGGUUAUUAAGAGCACAUUAGAUCUAAAUCAUAAUUAGCCAAGAGAUUCUAAGAAUAUAUUGAAAAAAGCGAUAGAUUCGAAUUAUUCUCUGAGAAUUUAUACACUCUGGUUACUUUCAAAUUGAAGACUUUCAAAGAAAAUUAAAACCAAAACGACAUUAAUAAAAAACUUAAAGAGUUACUUGAUAAAAACACCCUAGAAGGUUAUGUUACACCAAGUAACAUAGCAGGUAUCUACUUCUUUAGAUUUGUUGUCUGUAAUCCAAAUACCACAGAAUAGCAUGUUGAUGAAUUUUGGUAAUACUUAAAUAAAUGCACAGAUUAAUUAAUAAGAGAAUAUUAAUGAAAAUAUUUUAAGUGGUAUAUUCUAAAUAGAAUAAAUAAAAUAUAUUUCAUAUUUCAAAAAAUUGUAAAAAUCCCUUUCAAAUGUAAAUUUAAAAUAAUUAUUUUAUAAUUAUAUAAAAACUCUAGAAAAAAUUAAUUUAAUAAUUAUUAUUUAAUUUUGAUUAUCAUCUUUUUUCUAAUACCAUUAUAAAAUUUGAGGGAAAAUUUAAGCUCUAAUAUACAUAUUUCAUAAUUUUAUUCUCAGUAAAAUGAAUUUAUUUGAUAAAUAUAUACCUUGUUUCUCA